UUUGCGCAGGAGCAAAAAAGAGUGCGUUUUGGUGACGUCAGCAGCGUGUUUGAGAGAGUGCUGGAGGAAGAUGGCGGGGUCCAAGGUGAAGCAGGACAUGCCUCCUCCGGGAGGCUAUGCUUCGUUUGAUUAUAAGAGAAAUCUACCGAAACGAGGACUUUCGGGAUACAGCAUGUUUGGGAUCAGCAUCGGCCUCAUGGUGUUUGGUUACUGGAAGCUGUUCAAGUGGAACAGAGAGAGGAGGCGCUUACAGAUUGAGGAGAUGGAAGCCAGGAUAGCUUUGAUGCCCCUGCUGCAGGCAGAGCACGAUCGAAGGAACUUGCGGAUGCUGAGGGAGAAUUUGGAAGAGGAGGCGAUUAUCAUGAAGGACGUCCCGGGUUGGAAGGUCGGUGAAAGCGUCUUCCACACAGACCGCUGGAUUGCCCCUCUGUCAGAAGAGCUGUUCAACCUCCGGCCCCGCGAGGAGCUUUUGCACAAGCGUUUCGGCUUCUUGUGGUACAUGUAAACACCACCGAAAUGAAUGGUCCUGAGCUCCACCACCUUCCUUAGCCUGUACCACGUGGACUUGAGCCCUCACUCAUUUCAGCUUGUAAAUGUUCAAUAUUAAAGUAUCUUUUUUUCUGUACCUCA